AUGGCGGAUACCAACCCAGCGUCGCCUAGCACUGCCACAUCCUAUGAGACGUUGACACCUGGCAAGGCCAAACCGGAUGAAGUCGCUCUUCCUGUUGACAUUUCCAACAUGUCCAAGAACCCGUGCACCCUCAGCUGGAAAAAUCUGGCCUACAUUGUCGAUGUUAAGAAAACUACUCAGUGUCCUAACGGGAAGAAGACAAUUCUCAGCAACGUCUCCGGACGCUGUGCACCAGGUGAACUCACCGCCGUCAUGGGACCCUCCGGGUGUGGCAAGACCACGUUGCUCGACAUUUUGGCCGACAGGAUCAGCUCAGGAACACUCCAGGGUAAUAUCUCGCUUAAUGGUGAGACCCGCAAUAUUAAAACAUUCCGGGCAGUGACGAGCUACGUGGCUCAAGAGGACUCUCUAUUGGGCUCGUUUACCGUUCUGGAGACGCUGGAGAUGGCGGCUCGACUCAGUCUUCCCACCUCCAUCACGCACCAAGCUAUUGUGGAACGGGUACAGGCUGUCAUUGACGCUAUGGGUCUGCGCGUUUGUGAACACACUUUGGUCGGUGAUAUAUUCAGGAAGGGCAUUUCAGGGGGCCAGAAACGGCGACUAAGUAUCGCAAUCGAGUUGCUAUCAGAGCCGUCGAUCUUGUUGCUAGAUGAACCGACUUCAGGUCUGGACUCAGCGUCGACGCAUAACGUCAUGCAGUUCGUAUCAAAGUUGUGUCAAGAGAAAAAGACAGUGAUUUGCACGAUCCACCAGCCUUCGUCUCUCGUGUAUGAAAUGUUCUCGAACGUGGUGAUCCUCACGGCGGGUGAGACCGUGUAUUUUGGCCCUCGUCAACACAUUCUCGACCAUUUCUCGGCGUCCGGAUAUUCGUGCCCAAUGUACAUGAACCCGGCCGAAUACUUCAUCAGUCUAGUGAAUUCCGACUUCGAGGGACACGCAGAUAUCAAGAAGCUCAUCGAGAGUUACUCGUCUAGUUCCAUGGCAUCCAACGUCACGAAAGCAAUCGAAUCCGAUGCGGCCAAUGUGCACAGUGUUUCAGUUACUCCAGUCAAACCAUCGGCUCUUCGACAGUUCGUCGUGCUCAUACAGCGUAACUCGCUGAACAACGUUCGUAACCCAGGGAUCUACUGGGUUCGACUCGCCAUGUACACUAUACUAUCCUUCAUGAUCGGCACCAUGUACCUCUUCACCAACGACGACAUUUCGGACGAAGACAUGGUGCCUCUGCUCUUCUACGUGCAGGCGUUCUUGGUCUUCAUGUCGGUGGCUGUCUUACCCUUCUUCAUUGAUCAACGAGCUGUGUUCUUAAGAGAACGAGCCAAUAGCAGUCUCAACGUCUUCAGCUUCGCUCUGUCCAACUUCAUCGCCAGUCUCCCGGGCAUCUUCUUGAUUGCUCUAGUAUCGACGCUUUUGGUUGUGUUACUAUCGGGUCUUAACGGCUUCUGGUGGUUCCUGCUCAACUUGUUCCUGUCGCUUGUAGUGGCUGAAUCGUUGAUGCACGUCAUUGGAGCUGCUGUUCCUCACUAUAUCAUCGGUAUUGCGUUGGGAGCUGGUGUGUACGGCAUGUUCAUGUUGUGCGAGGGCUUCAUGGUACCCAAGGAGACCAUCCCGGACUAUUGGAUCUGGGCGUAUUACCUGGCCUUCCACACGUACUCGUUCCAGUCGUUCGUGUACGAGCAUUUCAUCCACGUCGACUCUCCGACGGCUAAGGCAAUUCUCGUUCGCUUGAACUUAGAAGACGUCAAUACGGCACACAAUAUGAUCAUCCUCGCAUGCUACGCCGUCGGUCUGGAACUCAUUUUCACCUUCAUCCUGUACAAGUUCCACACCGGUCGAAGAUAA